CGGGUUAGUUGCUUUAAAAAUAGCCAAACGAUCAAAGUAGUCGAAGAAUGUCGAAUCUCAAUCCUUCGCUCUAUUGUACCAUAUUGCUGCCAUCCAAAAUGGUGCAAAACCCUCGUUCCGUCCGGUGCAAGUGUUUAUUUACAUAGUCGAUCGGUCAUUCCGGCUGUCAAAUGGUUCCGUGCGCUAGUGCUACCAGUGCCAUGAGUGUGUGUGUGUGUGUGCAUUGGUGUAUGUGUGUGUUUGUGCAAUGGGCAACGUAAACCCAUCGGCCGCAGAUGUGAGAUAGCCGGGUGGCAUACGACCACUCGGAUCAGCAGCAGCAACACACAACACAUCGUCAUCGUCAUCGUCCGUCAUCACGCUCUCCUUGCUCUGUCGAUCUGUCUUGUCGUGGGGGAGAUCUUGAUACGCUUAUCACCUGUGAAGCCGGUCUGCCACUAGCCGGUCCUAAUCACGAGAGUCAUUCCGUGUUGCUUGUCGUUACCGUACCGUGUGUGUCUCGUAAACUCGUAACUGUUGCGAACAAAAUGGCCAUGUCGGUGCUGCGUACCUUUACCCGCAAUAUGGCCACCGCUGCCAAGAUUAACAAUGUGGUCGUUGUGGGCGGUGGACUGAUGGGUUCCGGCAUCGCACAGGUUGCCGCGGCCACGGGCCACAAUGUGACGCUGGUCGAGAUGAACGAUGCGCUCGUGGAGAAGGCGAUCGGUGGCAUCCGCAAAAGUCUGGAACGGGUGGCCAAAAAACAGUACAAAGACGAUGCCGCCAAGGGCCAACAGUUUGUCGACGGCACGCUGGCAAAGAUCGGUGGCGCCACCAAGCCGGAGGUGGCCGUGGAGGGAGCGGACCUGGUCGUGGAAGCGAUCGUCGAGCGGAUGGACGUGAAGCACGCGCUGUUCGGCAAGCUGGACGAGGCGGCCCCCGCUCACACCAUCUUUGCCAGCAACACGUCCUCGCUGUCGAUUGCCGAGAUUGGGUCGGUGACGAAGCGGCAGGAUCGGUUCGGGGGGCUGCACUUCUUCAACCCCGUGCCGGUCAUGAAGCUGCUCGAGAUCAUCCGCACCGACCGGACGUCGGACGAAACGUUCCAGGCGCUGCAGGCGUUCGGACAGCGGCUGGGCAAGGCGUGCAUCACGUGCAAGGAUACGCCCGGGUUCGUGGUGAACCGGCUGCUCGUGCCGUACAUGGCGGAAGCGAUCCGGCUGCUCGAGCGGGGCGAUGCGUCGCCGCGCGACAUUGACACGGCGAUGAAGCUCGGCGCCGGCUACCCGAUGGGACCGAUCGAGCUGGUCGACUACGUCGGGCUGGACACGACCAACAACAUCCUGCAGGGAUGGCACGAGAAGUUCCCGAACGAUCCACUGUUUGUGCCGAUCCAGUCGCUCCAGAAGCUCGUCAGCGAGGGCAAGCUGGGGGUGAAGAGUGGCGAAGGGUUCUAUUCCUACAAAAAGUGAGAUGGGAGAAAGCAGGACGCUGAGGAAGGUUAUAUUUAAUAAAAGCAUUUAGUGUUUGGGGCA